CCGAAUACCUCCACGCUCGACCCAAAAGUGUUCUCGGUACCAUCGGUACUGCUUAGGGGGGCUACGGAAGGUGAAUGCCAUCCGUUGCAGAAAGGAGGCAGACAGUUCUGUGCUGGUAUGGAGAGGAUCAAAAAGAUGGAUCAGAAAGGUGUGCCAGAUUCACAGCAAGGAAGGGGAUCGAUGGGGAGGCGUGGUUCGUCGGUACCACCUGGAGAGGUCGAUGCGACUUCCCGGUUUGAGCAGAAGAGCAUAUUGGUGCUGCCGACCGUCUGGAGCGGGGCGAGCACUUCGACCAUGCCGUUAAAUGCCAGAACCCGCAGCGAUGAGAUGAAAUUUCAGGAUAUUUGGUUCGAUGCUAGGGUCGAAUCAUGUGCAACAGCUAGCUGCAGCACGGGACAUUUAGGGGUGUUCGAUUUGAACAUCCCGUGUGCAAGUGUACCAACGACCGAAGUGGGUAGUGGGGUCAGCGAACUUCAGCAAAACAAAACUAAUGCUGCGCAAACAGACGAAAAAAUAAGAUUUGAGGUUGCAUUUGGGAGCCAUGACUGUGGUUCCAGUACCAAGGACAGUGCAAGCACUAGGUUUCCCCAAGGACGCUGUAGAGCAGACAAUGACACAUAUGUACUGAGGAAGCUGCAGUUUAAACAUGCUGAUGGUGGUUAUGAUUGUAGUUAUCUGGGGCACAUAAGUAGUCCUCCUAAUCAGAUAAACAGCAUUGCUUCUCUUGCAUCAGUCUGCGUGGGGCUUGGGAGCGGUUUUGUCGCUCCAAAUGAUACUGGCACAAAUGAAAGGAUGCAUGUAUCUGAUGCUAUUGACUUGGAUGUUGACACCCCUGCAGAACACCGGUCUGGUACGCAUACAUUUGACUUGAACAUUAUUCCUGAAGGAAAUCAUUUAGCUGUUUGCUGCAUAGCAAAUGAUACAACUGAUGAUAACAACACGGUGUCGUCGACAAUUGUUCCAGCUAUGCGAAGUAAGCAAGUGCCAUGGAAGAAACGGAAUACCAAAUUUGAAGGAGCAGAGUACAGGGAUCCUGUCCCAGGGAAGCAAAGUGCUCUGCAGCAAGCUCUCAUGAAAUUUGCAGACCGUCGGAAUGGGUACGUGAUCAACCCAACAGUUGGCACUGAGUUUGAUAAUUGUGAUGAAGGUUAUGAGUACUACAACCUGUACUCAUGGGAGUGUGGGUUCGGAAUACGUUGGGGGAAGAAGAGGUGGUCCGAGAAGAAGUGCAAAAAUGAUCAGAACAGAACAAAAAGAUAUCAGUUGGGCCAGGAGUUUUAUUGUAGUUGCCGUGGGAAUGCAGACCCAAAUGUGAAGACAAGCUCGUCAAAAACAAACUGUAAAGCAAUGUUGCGUCUGUAUCGGACAUCAAAUGAUGGUUGGAUUGUGGGAGAGCAUAUUUCCGAGCAUAAUCAUCCAUUAUCUGAAACCUGUGGUGAGAAGAAGCACUGGCCUUCACAUCAUCAUCUAGACAAAUACACAAAAGAUUUGAUCCGUAUGUUGAGGGAGAACAACAUAGGUAUAACAAAGCUAUAUACUAUCCUUGGAAAUUUUUUGGGUCGAUGCAAAAUGUGCCUGCAAUGAAAAGGUGUUUGAAAAGUGUUUGUCAGAAGAUUAACCGUGAGCAGGCAGAGGAUGAUAUUAAAAAAAACUUUGGAUUUGAUACGUGAUCUUCGUAAAAAUGACCUUGGAUUUCUGUACAGUGUGGAUACAAAUGAUGAAGGCAGAAUUAAAACUUUAAUGUGGACUAAUAGUCGUAGCAGGAUGCAGUAUGAGCAUUUUGGUGAUGUGGUCAGUUUUGAUACAACAUUCAAGACAAACCUCUAUGACAUGCCAUUUGGGUUAUUUGUAGGAGUAAAUAAUCAUUUUCAGACAGUGCUUUUUGCUGGUGUGCUUAUGACCAAUGAGAAAAUUGAAAGCUUCAAGUGGGUUUUCAGGGAGUUUGCAUUGUUGAUGGGUGGUAAAGAACCGAAGACAAUAUUAACAGAUCAAUGCCGCACAAUGGAAGUGGCAAUUGCUGAGGAAUGGCUGGGCACGGUACACCGUUGGUGCAAAUGGCAUGUUUUAAAGAGAGUCAAAGAGUGUUUGGGGCAAAAGUAUACAGGAAUCAAGGAAUUCAGAGAUAAAUUCCACAUGAUGUUGAAUGAGAUGCUGACAAUUGAGGAAUUUGAAAGUGCAUGGGACGCUCUGCUGAAAGAGUAUGGCCUGCAGAACAAUGCGUUUUUGGCACAGAUAUACGACACUAGGCACAAAUGGGUGAAAAGCUAUUUCAAGGGUGUCUUCUGUGCAAGGAUGACUAGCACUCAGAGAAGCGAAAGCGCAAACUACAUGUUGAAGAACAUUCUAUCACCUGCAUGCACACUCUGCCAGUUUAUGCAGCAGUACCUGAAAAUGCAGUACAUAAGAGAUGAAGAUGAGAAUUAUGAGG